GUUUGGAGCACCAGGCGCAGGCGGACAUUAACCUACUUGCCCACAAGCGAAUCUGCACUUCUGACAUGUUUGCAAAAGACAGGACAGAAAGAGGAGUCACAUGGGCUCUAAUACCUGGAAAUUCUGCCUGAUGACCUGCCGCUGUAGGAGCUUUCCUAACCCGGCUCUUAGGGUAAACCAGGGCCUCCGUAAUCCAGGAUGGCUGAACAGAGAAAUCAACUUUUCAGUCAUUGGUCAGUAUGUGGAUUAUCUUGUGGAAGAACAAGGAGUGAAGAAUAUUUUUGUGAAUGGCACGACCGGAGAAGGCCUGUCCCUGAGCAUCUCAGAGCGCUGCCGGGUCGCGGAGGAGUGGGUGACAAGAGGGAGGAACAAGCUGGACCAGAUAGUAAUUCACGUAGGAGCCUUGAGCUUGAAGGAGUCACAAGAACUGGCCCAACAUGCCGCAAAAAUAGGAGCUGAUGGCAUCGCUGUCAUCGCACCUUUCUUUCUCAAGCCAUGGAACAAAGAUAUCCUGGUUAAUUUCCUAAAGGAGGUGGCUGCCGCUGCCCCUGCUUUGCCGUUUUACUACUAUCACAUUCCUGCCUUGACGGGGGUAAAGAUUCGUGCUGAGGAGUUGUUGGAUGGGAUUCAGGAGAAGAUCCCCACCUUCCAAGGGCUGAAAUUCAGUGACACAGAUCUCUUAGACUUCGGGCAGUGUGUCGAUCAGAAUCGCCAGCGACAGUUUGCAUUCCUUUUUGGGGUGGACGAGCAACUGUUGAGUGCUCUGGUGAUGGGAGCAACUGGAGCAGUGGGCAGUACCUAUAACUACCUGGGAAAAAAGACAAACCAGAUGUUGGAGGCUUUUGAACGAAAGGAUUUCUCUUCAGCCCUGAACUAUCAGGAAAAGAGGGAAGCAGGAGUUGAUGUGUUCCAGGAAGACCCCAGGGGAGCUGCUGUCAAUGUCUCAUGGAGCACAGCCUCGCUGUCCAGAGAAGGAAGAGCCUCUCUGAAGGGUGGAACCAGUCCCAGCAGGUGGUAGCGUGUGUACUUCAGAAAAAAUCAUUUCUGAAAAUUCCAACCUCUUCCAAGCUGAACGACAGGAAAAUCACAGGAUGGACUAAAGUGUGAAACAGCUGUGAUAUGGACCCUUCCACUUAGUGGGCUCUUUUAUUGGCUGAUUCCGUGUCCAUCUCUUCCCCGCCCCCACCUUUUGUUUUAUUGAGUCCCACUCAAAUAAAUCACUUCCCUCAAAACAGUGUUGGUAGGGAGUUUAGUUUAUCACAUUCUCUGUUUCUUCUUGCAAGUGUGAAUGGGUCUCACUUACUCUUUUACUAACAUGCCAAGGGCUGAGCUAAAUGCACAAUUUCAAUUCAAGCUGGUCUCUGCCCGAAAGGAGUUUGCUGACAAGUGAAGAAGCAGACAAGAGCUAAACUUACCUAUUCUCAUGGACUUAAAUGCCAUCUGUUAUAUUUAUGAUGAAAUGACAUGUGUACAAAGAUGUUCCUUACAGCAUUAUUUAUAAUAGCAAAAGAUGGAAGCAACCCACAUAUCCACCUGUAAGGAAAUGGUCAAAUACAUUACAUUUGCCUUAUGCAAUGGAAUUAUCUACAGCCCUUUAAAAGGAUGAGAUACUUUUAUAUGCACAGAUCUGGAAAGAUCUCCAUGAUAUAUUAACUGCUUAAAAAGGCAGCAGAGACAUGUGACUGUCAUGUACAAUGUAAUGUGUUUGUGUGUGAAGGAAAAAAGAACAUGUACACAUGCUUGCAAGGCUCUGGAUAUUAAAUUUUAUUCUUCAUUGAAUUUUUUAUUCCUAGCAUACAAUUGAUUAAAACAAUGUAAAAGUGAAAUGUUAUUAAAAGUGCAUUUCUUAAUAA